GGAUCAGAGGCGCCUGUUUCUCCAGCGCCCCUAAGCCGGCUCGGCUCGCUGCCGCUGCCCCGCGCCGCCGCUCGCCGGGGCUUCCCGCCGCCACGGGGCGUCCUCCGCCCGCAGCGCUGCAGGCUCCGGCGGCCGGGCUCGCGCUCUGCCCGGGACAGGGGUGGGGGCUGCGCGGCGCCGGCCGAGGGAGAAGGGGCCGCGCCGCGCCCCGGCAGCUCCGCACCGCCAGCAGAUCUUGGUCACUGAACUUGAAGCAAUCUUUGGAUACAUGCUUCUACAAACUUGGUGAAGAUACACUACAAACAGGAUUGGCCAUGAGAAUUUUUAAUCUUCCUUCAGAAGUACGCUAAUGGGUCUGCUGAUAAGCAAUCUGCUUUUGUAAAGGUGGUGCAGUGACCGAUCUAAUGUCCAAUAUCUUAUGAAUCACAGUGUGAGUAGUCCGUCAGUUCGAUGAUGACAUUUUCAUGCUCUCUCUUUUUGUGGAUUCUGGAGUGACUCUGAAGUCCAAGCGUAACGUGCAUGCUCGAGAGCAGAUUGGGCAGACAGUCAUUGCGCCUAAUGAACUGUGUGUGGACUCUGCAUUCAGUAACAGUCAGAUUCUCCCAUCGCAAGAUGUUAUUACUACAGUAGUAGGAUACAUUCCUAUUUGAAGUCAGUCAGCAACAAAAGGAACCAGUUUAAACGAUGGCUGCAGCUGCUGAUGGUUUGGGAAGUACAACUAUAGAUACCACACAACUUAAUAUGUCAGUCACUGAUCCAACAGCUUGGGCUACCGCUAUGAAUAACCUCGGGAUGGUUCCAGUAGGAUUAGCUGGACAACAGCUUGUGACAGAUUCAAUCUGUGUACCAGGCUUUGAUCCAAGCCUCAGCAUGAUGACUGGAAUAACUCCAAUUAACCCGAUGAUACCAGGCAUGGGGUUAGUACCGCCGCCACCACCAACAGAUGUGCCUGUAGUCAAAGAAAUAAUUCACUGCAAAAGCUGUACACUCUUCCCUCCAAACCCAAAUCUUCCACCACCUUCCACGAGAGAGAGACCUCCUGGGUGUAAGACUGUGUUUGUUGGCGGUUUACCAGAAAAUGCUACUGAGGAAAUUAUUCAGGAAGUCUUUGAGCAGUGUGGAGAUAUUACAGCUAUUCGGAAAAGCAAGAAGAAUUUUUGUCACAUUCGUUUUGCAGAGGAGUUCAUGGUUGAUAAAGCCAUUUACCUUUCUGGUUACCGCAUGAGAUUAGGAUCUAGCACAGACAAAAAGGAUUCAGGUCGCCUUCAUGUUGAUUUUGCUCAGGCAAGAGAUGACUUUUAUGAAUGGGAAUGCAAACAAAGAAUGCUGGCCAGAGAAGAACGUCAUAGGCGCAAAAUGGAAGAAGACCGACUACGACCUCCCUCUCCUCCGGCAAUAAUGCAUUAUUCUGAACACGAAGCUACUUUGCUGGCUGAAAAAUUGAAAGAUGACAGCAAAUUUUCAGAGGCCAUCACAGUGCUGCUUACCUGGAUUGAGCGAGGCGAGGUGAAUCGUCGCUCCGCAAAUCAAUUCUAUUCAAUGGUGCAGUCAGCAAAUAGCCACGUUCGCCGACUUAUGAAUGAGAAAGCCACUCAUGAACAAGAAAUGGAACAAGCCAAGGAGAGUUUUAAAAAUGCCUUAACAGGGAUCCUCACUCAAUUUGAGCAGAUUGUGGCCGUUUUCAACGCUUCUACCAGACAAAAAGCUUGGGACCAUUUCUCGAAAGCUCAGCGAAAGAACAUAGACAUUUGGCGAAAGCAUUCUGAGGAGCUCCGGAAUGCUCACAGCGAACAGCUUAUGGGGAUCCGCCGUGAAGAGGAGAUGGAAAUGUCUGAUGAUGACAGCGGUGACAAUCCCAGUAAAAAGCUGAGAGUAGAUGAAUCAGCUCUAACAGCCCAAGCUUAUGCACUGAAGGAAGAGAAUGACAGCCUCCGAUGGCAGCUGGAUGCUUACAGAAAUGAGGUGGAGCUUCUUAAACAGGAGAAAGGUCAACUCUUUCGGACCGAAGAAAGUCUCACAAAGGACCAACAGUUGAAAUUCCUGCAGCAGACAAUGCAAGGCAUGCAGCAGCAAUUGCUGAGUAUACAGGAAGAAUUAAAUAACAAAAAAUCCGAACUGGAGCAAGCAAAAGAAGAACAAACACAUACACAAGCCAGGCUUAAAGUUCUUCAGGAGCAGUUAAAAAGUGCCAAGGAGUUAGCAGAGAUCAACGGCCAUGACGAAUCUCAGGCAAAUGAAAUCAAUGUGUUGACAGUAGCAUUGGUCAACCAAGAGAGAGAAAAAAAUUCUGAGAAACGAAGCCAAGGUCUAAAAUCAGAGAAAGAGGCACUGUUAAUAGGUAUCAUAUCUACAUUUCUUCAUGUGCAUCCUUUCGGCGCCAAUAUAGAAUACCUUUGGUCUUACAUGCAACAGCUGGACUCUAGGAUCUCUGCAAAUGAAAUAGAAAUGCUUUUGAUGAGAUUGCCACGCAUGUUUAAACAAGAGUUCACUGGUGUAGGAGCAACUUUGGAAAAGAGGUGGAAGUUUUGUGCCUUUGAAGGAAUUAAAACUACCUGACUAUGAAUAGUAAAGAAGUAUACAGAAGAAGAAUUCCUAAAGCAUGGCAGGGUUACAAAGUAUUAAAGUAUGAAAUUUGGUUUUGGCACACAGAAGUACGUUUUCAGAGUUAUCCAAGCCUAAUUUUAGUUACAUUUGUGACGUUCUCUUGUGAGUGGAAAUGUGGUUGUGCACCAGUUCCUAAAAAUAAAAAUAUAAAAUAUUUUAAAAUGUGACACAUCUGUUUCCUAUGAAAACUGAAGAAAGAUACCACAGUCAUAACGAUGUCAAGAUAUUAACGUGCUACAUCUAAGAAUAGCUCACUGAGCAAAUGGAUAAGGGAAAAGAUUGCCUAGUUAUGGUUGCUAAGCUACAGCAAUGUAUAUGUAAUAUAUAGCAGAAAUCAUUACAUUAUGUUCCUGAAAGUCUUUCCGUUAAGUAAGUAAUUGUACAGUGAGAAAAAUUAUACCAAAAGAAAACUUGAAGAUGUGUCUGAGCAGUUAUUGUCUUUUGUAAAUUAAGUUAUAUGCUGUUCCAGGGAUUUUUGCCUUAUUGAAAGAGGCCUGAAAAUGUGAUUGGACUUCUCAAGAAUGCUUUAUCAAGAAUAUUAUUUUUCUAAUGUAACUAUUCUUCAUUAUAAGUUCCUUUAACAUGGAUUGCAUAUCAAUUUUCAUAAAUAUGUAAAUAAAAAGGAAACCAGUGUUACUGUAUUGUAUUUGGUAUGUAACAUUCAGGUUUAUGCAUCAAAAUAAAUAUUCAGUUCAUUACUGUUAAGAAUUUUAUAGCAAAUAUAUUAAUUUUUUUUCA